AUGCACGGAUUUUCGGAUGCGUCCGAAGAUGCAUUCGGAUCUUGUAUAUACCUGAGAUCUAUCGACGCGAAUGGUGAAGUGUUUACAAGUCUUCUAUGCGCAAAGUCCAAGGCCGCACCGUUAAAGACCGUUACGCUGCCGCGACUCGAGUUAAUGGCAGCCGUAACCUUAGUCAGAUUGUCGAAUGAAGUCAAAAGGUCAUUACGUAUAAAAAUUGAUCAGUGCGUUUACUGGUCAGAUUCAACGGUAGUUUUGGGAUGGCUGAAGUAUCCACCCAAUCAAUUGAAGCCCUUCGUUGCUAAUCGUGUCGCCGAAAUCCAAGACUUGUCGGCAGCUGAUAGCUGGCGUCACGUACCGACUAAAAGCAAUCCCGCAGACCUCGUAUCGAGAGGUGUAAAACCCAGAAAUUUAUUGAAUAACUCGCUGUGGUGGGAGGGGCCUCCAUUUCUAAAAGAAAGAAAGGAGAGCUGGCCUGAAUGUCCUAACAAAAACGAAAAUUUGCCCGAUAUUCGCAAACAAAAGGUUAAUUUACUUAUCUCGUGUUCAGAAAAUGAUUUUAUUAAACAUUUUUCGGACGUAAAUAAACUCAAGCGAAUCACCGCAUAUAUAAGAUGUUUCUAUUUAAACUGUAAGGCCAAGGGAAAUCCUGAACUAAGUAAUAGUGGACCAUUGGAAGUUUCUGAAUUAGACGGUGCAUUAAACUGUUUGACAAAAUUAUCGCAAGGCGAAUUCUUUCAUCGUGAUAUUAACAAAUUGAACAAGAAUAAACCUGCCGCUGACUGCAAAAUUAUUAGUCUUAAUCUGUUUUUGGACCGCGAUGGCAUUUUACGAGUUGGCGGACGGUUAACCAAUGCCAAAUUUGCUUUUGAGAAAAAACACCCGGCAAUUUUAUCGUCUAAAAGUCAUUUAGCCGAGUUACUAGUAAGGAACACGCAUUUACGAUUGAUGCACGCUGGACCGCAGCACACGUUGGUUACGCUUCGUGAAAGGUAUAAACCCACUCAAACUCAACCCAUAAUGGCGCCUUUACCAGAAAUGCGUUUGAAAUCGAGACAUCCGUUUGAAUUUGUCGGCGUUGAUUAUGCCGGACCUAUGUCGAUCAAAAAUAAAUCCGGAAGAGGAUACAAGGUAUCCAAAGCUUACAUAUGCCUCUUUGUUUGUUGCGUUACGAAAGCAGUACAUACAGAGUUGAACUCGUUAGGUUCUACGUGGUUUUUGAGGGAGGAAGUGAAGAAAUUAAGAGAAAACUACAAACCACUCAAAGUGAAGACAACGAAUAUAGUGGUGAAAAUUGUACUGAAAAGCGAAGAACCGAUUUAUGAGCGACCAAGAAGACUAUCGGCACCCGAAAAAGAAGAAGUAGAUAGACAGAUAGAGGAAUGGUUAAAAGAUGGAAAACCGAGUUGUUCGGAUUUCGCUAGUCCUAUUGUACUAAUUUCUGGGCCCCCGUUCUUCAGUAGUUCAUUUGGUAUAUUGUCUGUACCUGGUGAUUUUAUAUUCUUUAGUUUCUUUAUGGUUGUUUGUACUUCUUUUAUGUGA